AUGGGACAGAGCGAUCUCGAUGAACAAAUUGAAAAACUCCGCAAAUGCGAAUUGAUUUCAGAAAACGAAGUAAAAGAACUUUGUCGAAAAGCUAGAGAAGUUUUAAUAGAAGAAAGUAAUGUUCAAAGAGUGGACGCGCCUGUAACCAUAUGUGGUGACAUACACGGGCAAUUUUAUGAUCUUAAAGAAUUGUUUAAGGUCGGUGGUGAUUGUCCGGAUACGAAUUAUCUGUUCUUAGAUCGUGGCUUUUAUAGUGUAGAAACGUUUUUAUUGCUGCUCGCUCUCAAAGUACGAUAUCCAGAUAGAAUAACAUUGAUACGCGGUAAUCACGAAUCACGGCAAAUUACACAAGUUUACGGAUUUUACGAUGAAUGUCUUCGGAAAUAUGGAUCUGUAAACGUAUGGAGACAUUGCUGUGAAAUAUUCGAUUAUAUGAGCUUAUCUGCAAUUAUUGAAAACAAAAUAUUUUGUGUGCAUGGUGGACUAUCACCUGUAAUUAGUUCAUUAGAUCAGAUUCGUACUAUUGAUAGAAAACAAGAAGUUCCACAUGACGGUGCCAUGUGUGAUCUACUAUGGUCUGAUCCUGAUGACAUUGAAGGAUGGGGGAUUAGUCCUCGUGGUGCGGGUUAUUUAUUUGGUGGUGAUAUCGUUGCUCAGUUUUUACAAAACAAUAAUCUAGAUUUAAUUGCAAGAGCCCAUCAAUUGGUAAUGGAAGGUUACAAAUUAAUGUUUAAUAACACUAUAGUUACCGUUUGGUCGGCUCCAAAUUAUUGCUAUAGAUGUGGAAAUGUCGCCGCAAUUUUAGAAUUAGACGAUAAAUUAAACAAAAAUUACAAAAUAUUUGAGGCUGCACCACAAGAUGUUCGUGGUUUACCAGCGAAAAAACCGGCACCUGACUAUUUCCUGUAG